UUGGCGGAAGUGUUUUUUUUGGGCUAAAAUCAUUUCCAACAUUUAGAUCCUCCUCGUAUCUUCUCCAUUGUUUUGCUUCCAUCGAUCUCCCAUCAUACUCUAUCCUUAUCGAUCUUCCAAGUCUAGGAUUUUCUCAAGAAAAAUUUCGCAGCCCUAAAUCUAUUGCCUUGUCCUAAAUCUAUUAUUGGUCGAUCUGUUCUUUCGGAGAGAAAGCUCGCCGGUUCGGGUGAGACUCUCCAUCUUGCUCCUCAUGUAAACUCUCUCUGCCGCCAUCACUUAUCACUGUGCUACACCGGUCUUGCCAAACUUUAUACCGUCAAAUCCUCCUCCCCCCUCGCCGUCGUCACUCCUCACCUCCUCGUCUCGCCGUCAGAUCUUCCAUAACCUUUGUUGGUUACAGAGAAGCAACAAUUCCGGGAGCGUUUCGACUUUGCCAACUCAUCCUCUCGGAAGCAAUCAAGUUUUGACGAGUUUUGUAUAUUUGGUGAAGGCUGGAGCUUGUUGUCCGCUCUUCUCAAACUAUAACUGCAGAUGGGAUAGUUAGCAUUUGACUUUAUAACGGCACAGGAAUACUGCUGGACAGGAGAGGUUUUGAUGUCUGAUACCUCUUGAACACCUCCAAGUGGAUUGGGGAUGUUCGUACAGAGAGAGGUAGCGAUGUCAUCAGUUCUCUCGUGGGUAACAAAGCAGAUCUCGUUGACAAGAGAUAUGAUCAAGUUAUGGAGAAAAUUCUCUCUACAUAUGGAAACAGUGAUGCAAAGGGUUGAUCAUAGAAUGAGUGAGAGAUUCACGGCUCUACUUGAACCCGCAACAUCAACACGUGAUCUCAAAGGAGGAGUUCUUCAGGAUAUAUGCGCAGUCCAUCCUACUUGCUCCUUCACUUUGGAUGAAAAUGAGAGUUAUAAAACAGAGGAAGCUGUUGAAGUUCUCAAAAAGCUUCAUGGGAAAGGAGCACAUCAUGUUAUCAACUAAAGAUCUUGUUAAUGACUCGAGGAGUAGUAAUGAAGAUAGCCAAAAAAAGUAGCACUUGAAGUUUUGUUUUUUUUAACUUGACAAGACUUUGUUAGUAUAAGACUUUUAAAAUGUACUCUUAAUUUAAAGAAAAAUAUAUAUUUUUUAGUUAUAAAUCAAUUUGCA